AUGGUGGCUAUGUAUGAUAAACUGGACUGUGAACUACUAAAUGUGUUGCAAUACAGCUGGUACCGGAGUGAAGACAACCAAACAGAAAACAUGAUUGUCAACUACAAACCCCCCUCGAAGUCCUGGCAGGUUGGGACUGCAUUCACUGGUCGGGAGAACGUGACCAGCAAUGGUCACCUGACAAUCAACAAUGUUGCAUUAAAUGACACAGGAAAAUACAUUGUGACAGUGGAAACAGUCGGCGAGACUCAAAGAGCAACUGGCAGGCUUAAGGUCAUAGAGUUGGAAAGCGAACCUACUAUCUCUAUGAACUCCAGUUCUCUGGUGGAAAAUGUGGAUUCUGUAGCAAUCUUCUGCCACACCAAUGCCACCAAGAUCACGUGGCAUAAUGUAUCUACCUCAGUCCUGUCCAGCAAUGACCGGAUGACCAUUUCUCAAGAUGGCAAGACGCUCAUCAUCCACAUGGUUGACCGCGACGACUUAAUAUUCUACUGCUCAGCAGAAACGUAUCCAGGUUUAGUCCAGAGAAGCAUCGCCAUCUGGCUGAUUGUGUACUAUGGACCUGAUGGGAUGACUCUGAAGACGGAACCUUUUGCUUACCGUGAUGUCAUAUCUGCUGAGAUUGGAUCCAAGGUGGAUAUGGAGUGUAGUGCCUCUUUCUCCCACCCGCAAACCACAUACCGCUGGUUUCACAACGACUCCCUCAUGACUUUCUCAGAUGCAAAGAUGGUGUUCACCAGUCUGUCCUGGUAUCAGCUGGGCAGAUACAGAUGCGUGGCAGAGAACCCUGUGACCCGGUUGAUCCUGUAUAAAGACGUCAAGAUCCAGCUUCCUUGUGAGUGUUUCCUUCCAGCAAAACCCUGGGUUGAUGUCCCCAGAGUUUUCACCAUCUCAGGAACCAUGGCAGUGAUGCUGAUUGUGGUGACUGCCUUGGGUGGUCUCUACCUCUGUGGAAUCCUAAUCUACCUGCUGAUCAGCCACUGCUCCACCAGGUGCCUCUUGUCCUGA